UACGCUGCUUGGGCGGUCGGUUGGGUUUGUAAAUGACGGCCUCACAGCAUGUUGCAAAUAUGCAAGAAUAUUCAGUCACGUGAAUUUGCAUGUGUGAAUUUGUCGUUGAAUUUGUGAUCUCAGUUGAGUGUCUCGUUCAUGUGCAGUGACGUGCGUUGAAUAAAAAUGUGCGAGUGCCCGAGAGUCCUCCACACACCCCAACCCCCUACUGUCCCGUGAUUUUUGUUGUGACAUGUUAUUUAAUAACAAUAAUAAUGAACUGCGACAUUUUAAAUUGUAAAUCUUAAUGGUGACAAUGCGCUUAUAAACUAUUAUGGGUUGUGGACAAAGUAAGAUUGGAAUUAUUUACCCUAGGAAAUCAAAAAGUAAAAGUGGAAGUAGACGAUCCGGUGUGGACCCUGACAGUGAUGAGGAGGCUGAGGAGGCAGACCCUGGGUUGGGCAACACAGGCAACGCAGAAGACGCAGAGGAUAAGGCUGGGAACAAAAUUCGACAAAUUGUUGCAUCAUCGCCUGGCCCUCUGCUGGCCCAGACAGAAAUUUCCUCUAGUCAGAUGGAUUUCUUCAGGAUGCUGGAUGAAAAGAUAGAAAAUGGUCCAGAUUAUGACUCUGCUAAUGAAGAAGAGAUUGCGCUUGAACGUUCUCGACUGUGUGCACUAUUACGUGACUGGGAGACGGCGAGUACCAACAGUAGUCUUAACCGUUCAGCACCAUCUACACCGGCCCAUCGCAAACUACCAUCUAAACCACAGGGUCCAUUGCCAGCACCAUACUACCAUCUACACAUGAAUGGUGACCUUUUCCUUCAGCAACAGAAUCAGCAUCAUCACCAGCAGCUGCAGCUUCAGCAGCAGCACCAACACUUGCAGCAACAGUUCUUCCAGCAACACCUACAGUACCAGCAGCAUGUCAGCAGAGGACAGUUUGUGGCACCCUCUUCCCCACAGAUCGCACGUGUUACUCCGGUUAUAAGAAACUAUCAGCCUAUGUCUCCUGUGCCAACACAACAGCGUGCCAGCUCCAUUGUGCAGUAUCGGCAGUCGAGAGGGGCGUACACGGAGCUGGCAUGACAGUCAUUGCACCCCUUCUCACAUAGGAUUCUCUAAUCUCAGGACUUGGCUGUUGGAAGUAACUGUGAUUGUCGUAGUCUGAUUGACUGAUAUAAGACAGCUAAGGUGUUCAUAUUUCAGAAGUGGUGAAGAUGCAUAAACUAUAAUGAUGUUAGCUGACUGUACCACAACCCUCUCUUGCCAUGUCUUGGCAGUAUAUUUGUGCACUUCAUCUGUUCCAUCCCAUAUUUAUUCAGAUUUGAUCAAAAUUGUAACUUCUGUUAUAUUACCGUUAAAUCAGUGUUUAAAGUGAAAUUUGCAUACCAGAGUAAGCAAAAUUAACAGUAAGAUCAAUUAUUACAAGCAUUUUAAAACUGAAAACAGUUCAUGAUUAUAUGAUAUUAAGUGAUGUUAAAAUAAAUAAUAUAUGUUACAAUUCUCUUUGUUUUUUAAAUGGAAAAAAUGGUUUAUAUAGCUGUAGUUUACGUAUGCGUACUGGUACGGUAUUUGUUGUACUUUCAACACUGAUUAGAUUCUCAGAUAUCCAUAGUGCUAACAUUAAUUUGAUAUAGCAUUUUAUGGUAUAGGUAACAAAUGUUGAUGUUCAGACAGACUUACUGCUUCAAUUGUAAAGGAAAUUUUUGCUCUGAUAUAGACAGUGAGUUUUACCAAAUGUGAGGAAGCUUUUCCAGCAUAGUGCAGUGCCAUAACAGAUGAAAAUCAUACUAAUUGAAAUUUCAGGUUCCUUCUGUGACGAGUAUGAACAUGGCUGUAUUUUGGGAUGUUGCAUU